ACGUAAUAUCCUUGUUACUUAAAUGAAUCGAUAUAUAUGCAUAACGUCGUUGACCUACUUACACGAUUUGCUGUUUUGAUAUGCUAAUAAUAUCUUGUUAUUAACAGUACGUGGAUAAUACAAUAUGUAAACAAUUUCUUACAAGCAGCCUUAAGAUGGAAAGAAAGUCGGAUGAAGCUUUGAAUUGCUGUAAAAUUCCUAUAUUCAAUGGACAAUGUACAUCUUGGGAAGACGGACCAAAUUAUCUGCCAUUUUCAAAAAAAUAUCUUAGAUCUUUGGAUCUGUUUUCCUCAAAUGGAAAGACAGCAGAUAUAACUCCCAAAGAAAACGAAGAUACUACCAAUUUAACCUUCAGGUCAAGGACAAAUUCGUUUCCGCAGACUGCCAAAACAAGAAAUAAUAAACAACAUGCAAUUUCUGAAGAAAUUGAUAGGCUAGGAUUAACUGCUGAAUCGGUAUAUGGUGAUAAAAAAUCUGAAAUUGACGAAAAUGAAAGUAAUUUGAACGAAAAUAACGACAGUCGUUUUUCGACAGGAUAUACAGGAAGUAAAUUGUUAAAAGAUGUCCAAAAUGUAACAAAGUAUUCAAGUUCGAGGGAAGACAAUUCUUCCAAAGAGAAAAAUGCAGGGGAAAUUAGAAGCGUCAAUAUAGAAAAAAAGCUUAGCGAAUAUGGACAUUUCGAUAUAUUAGAUAUUAAUAACAUUGCCGCUAUUCCACGCAAAUCAUCUACUAGCACAGCUUUGCAGAAAGCGAAAGGUUGUAAUAGAUAUCAAGAUACCUUGGGAUUAUUCUGGAUGAAUGAAGAUACUUUACCAUUAAGCUCACCAAUGAUGGAUAGAAAGGUUAAUGCAUGUAGUGCAGACUCAGGAUGGUCAAGUGACCCAGGUGAUCCACAGAAAAUAAGACAUAACAAAAGGCUAUCAAAGAAAAGUGCGCAAAAUCAGAUCGCAGGUGAACGUUCAAACGUUGAAGAUACCAAAUCUAUUCAAGUUCAACCUGAAAAUGAACAGAGUACAAUUGACAUUAAAAAAGGACACAUAACGAAAAUAAAACAUUCUUCAAACACAAUUGAGACUAACAAUUCCUCUAAAGACCAGAACUUAUCAAAUAUUAAAACUUUUAAAAAUAAAACAAAUAUAGGAUCGAAACACGUGACAGCCGAACAUCACGAUAGUGGGGAGGAGGAUAUUCAUGAACACACUUCUUUCCAGAAACAAACUUUACAAUGGGUCUCGACUAGCAAGGUUCGACAAAGUAGACGUGAACACAACAUGCUUUCUCCUCCAACCUUUUGAUGUAUUAACCAUAAUGUUCCGUGUAUGUUUAUCCUCUGAUAUGAAUUUUCAAUGUUAAGAGUGAUUUAUUCUUACUUCCAUAACUUGGAGAAGUAAAGAAGUUGUGUUUGGUACAGUUUCGUGGGGAGAACACUUUCAAUAUGUCAUGGCUUUACUGUAUUUGCUGUUAUGUAUUGGUAAUCAUGAAUAGCAAUUUUAACUUUUUUAUGUACCAAUAUGAAAUUUUUGUAUCAUCCUGAUUGUCCUAAUAAGUUAAAGAAUUGCAAUUUUUCCCAUAGAGUGUUGUGAAUGUUCCACAUUAUUGUUGAGUUUUUAUUAAUUAUUAAAUAUCACAUAAUCAGGUUAUUUGAUCAUACACAAACCCAAAUUAACCUUCAACAAGCGCAACAUUUAUCAUUCUGGAGUUCUAUUCCACGAUUAUUUGAAGUCCGCCAAAACUGCUGGUGGUAAAUUAAAGUUCCUAUAGCAAAUAACUUUCUUAUUUUGAAAUAUUUCUGUAAUUUCAAAGCAUUGAGUCAAGCAGUUCGUCUAAUCACAAAUAAAAUGAAAUAAUUAUAUAAGUACCAAUAAAAUAAAUUGUCAUGUAUGUAGAUCAUUUGACACUCGGGAGCUUCCCAUAAGUAAGUCAACGUUUUACUUGUAUAAAAAUGUUAAUUAGAGGCGGACAAGUUAUAUACAUAAUAUAUGUUUUCAUGAUAUUGUUUUUGUUUAUUGUUUAUCAUUGAAGGUCUUUGAUCUGGUACUAUCUGUACCCUUCAAUAUAAAAAAAUAGAUAAGCAUUGUUAAUCAGUCCAUGAGUUGAUGUAGCCGGGUAAUCUAUAAUACUAAGAGAACGAAUUUUCAGGAUUUUAAUGAAAACUUAGCUCUAACUGAACAAUUAUAUACAGUUUAGAUUGUGCAUUUUGUGUUCGCAUAAGCAUACAUACUCUUCAAGGCAAAAGCUUUCAUCGAGUUUAUUUGCAAAUGCUUUUUGUAGGCACUUUUGCAAAUUAAAUUCUCCCAUCUAGAAAUUUCUAGUAUUCACAAAUAUUCGCACUCGAAUGAAACAUAAUUAAUAUAGAUUGUGCUAUCUUAAUAUUUUCAUUGGUUUCAUAAAGUCAUUUACAAUGUUUGUGUGAGUAUGUUCGUUAUAAAACAGAUCCUCAAACAGUAUAUGCAAGACAUAUCCUGGACUAAGAAUCCAAUUAAGAUCGCUAAUUAAGCGUUGAUUGAGAAUUGAGUAGAUUAAUUGGUCUAUUACGCUACGACAGAGGCUAAUGAUGUCUAUUUCGUAUCCCAGUAGUAUCGUUGCCGCAUGAAACUAGCAUGAAAUGAGUAUAGGAACUAUUCAAGCGACCAUACGUUAUUUGAACAAUAAACUAUCUUCAGUCUAUUGAGGGAGACAUCCUUAUCACGUCUCUUUUCCAAAUGAUUCGGAUGAAGUAAUGAAGCUUAGUGUAUUUUAUUAGGCAUAAUAUGUUAUAAUCAAACAAUUUAUACGAAUACUCUAAAGCAUUUCUUUAUUAAAAUUAACCGGGAUUUACUGAAAUGGGGAAUAAAAGUAUUUUAUUUUUCUA